ACAAUGGUGUUUCCAACUACAUUUUGGUACAUGUCCCGAUAAAGGCUUUAUCAAGUGAUCUACAAUAUGUUUAUUUAGAGAUGUACGGGCUAAAAUGGUCAUAAUUCAGUAUUAGCAAGCUACCAGUUAGCUUGCUAAUAUUGGUCCAGCGAGUAUCAAAUAGCUAUAAACCUCGCAUAACUGGUAAAUAUUCAAAUACAUUAAUCAUUUGUGUUUAUUGUGCACUUACUCGCUACUAAGAAACUGUAUUGUUUUCUAUUGAUGAAUAACAGUGCUUGAUGUGUAGCUAUUGAAAAUUACGGAUAUAUUUUCUUGCCUUUAUCAUGCAUACAAGGAGGGUAACCAGUGCCUGAGGACUAGCGAGGCGGUAUCCUCAGAAUCCUAGAGUGAAACACUUACGCACUUGUCUCUAUGUAAACUCAGUAUUCCCGGACAGGCUAUUAACAGUCAGAAUGUUGAAUAAACUUCCCCUUUAAUUUACUUUACCUGUUGUCCACUUAAUUUGACUUUAUGUAGGAUUAAUCUGAGACAAAAUAGCCACAGGGAAGUGUUAUUAGCCAGUUUUUCAUACACUGGUCUGUACAGUAUAUGGUUGGUAUUUCCGGUUUUUAUUUUAAAUACUGAUGCAAUUCGCACGUGACAAACACUUGUACAACCUACCAGCGCCGCAAGAGUCGGUUUAACAACCCUUUCCAUCCUCCUACCGCCAAAAGGGCUAACAGCAGGUACUACUGGUAAAGUAUAUGUAAAUAUAGUUUUAUUCAACAUUGUCUAGUAGAGACUAUUGCGUGUUUUUUUAGGGUGACUUCAAUCAGAUUGAUAAUCCAUGGAGUAACCAUGGCAACAGUCUGUUGAGACAAGGGAGGCAGUCCAACCCGACUUCUCUGAAGCAGACUGAUUGCUAGUGUGAGGGAGCACACUGUCACAUUCCAUAAUGGAGUUCCCCCGGCACGCCCUGCAGCUCCUGUCAGGCCUGCGUUCUCAGCGUCAGCGUGGGUUCCUGUGCGACUGCACCGUCUUCGUGAGUUCCUCACGUUUCCUGGCCCACCGUGCUGUCCUGGCCUCCUGCUCUCCAUUCUUCCACAUGUUCUACUCUGAUCCCCCAGGGGGCACCGGGGCCAGCUCGGUCACGCUGGACGGUGACAUUGUGACGGCGGCGGCAUUCGGCCUGUUGUUAGACUUCAUGUACGAGGGUGUGCUGCGGCUUGAGGCCCCUCCCCCAGCAGAGGACGUGCUGGCGGCGGCGAGCUUCCUCCACAUGAACGAGGUGGUCCGGGUGUGUAAGAGACGGCUACAGCACCGACCACCACCAGCUGAGGCAGACAGCACGCGCCCGGAGGAGAGUGGAGUGGCGGUGGUGGGUGCAAGUGGACCCGGAGUUGGCAUGGUGGCAACAGGAGCUGCCAAAGUGAUGGCGAUGUCAGUGUCUCAGUCUGUGGCGAUGCAGAGAAGCCAGUUGGGCUGUUAUACGAGGUCAGAGAGGAGGGUGGAGGUUCAUGCGCACGCCCCUCUGAGUCCUGACAUGGCCGACACCACCCAGCCGGGCAUGGACCACGCCCUCCUUCAUGUGGGUGAGCUGGUUACCCUUUCCUCCGGUCCCUCUCCCAGGCUGGGAGGUCAGAGAGAGGUUCAGGGGGGCUCGGCCCUUUGCAGCCCCUGCAGCUCCACAGAGUCAUACAAUCUCAGCAGCCACCAUCGCCAGCCCUCUUCAUCAGCAGGUGCAUCAUCAGUGGUACCUGUGACCCAGACUGAUGGCUCCAGCUCCAUGGUGGGGAUACUGACCCAGUCUGACCACAGCAGCUCCUCCAGCCCAGAACAGGACAGCCAUGACCCUGUCUCUAACAAGAGCACAGUAAUCACACCAGGCAUGCAAUGCCAGCAGCAUGGUCUCAGUAUCAACACACACCCUCAGAUUAGAAUACAGCCUCCACACUCACUCCUCACCUCAUCUCCCAACCUGAACCUUGUAACCCAUCAGGGCCAAACCUCAGCCCUGUCAAGGCCUGAUGGGCUGCAGCAUGGGGGGUCAGAGAGGGAGAGCAAGGAGGCUAGUGAACACGCUGACAUGGGGACUGUGGGAGUGGAGGAGGUGGAGCAGGGGGAAGGGGUGAAGGUCAAGGUGGAGGCCAUAGUGAUCUCAGAUGAGGAGUUUGAGGAGAUGGAAGGAGUGAUGAUAAGGAGAGGAAUGAAUGGGGGUAGAGAACGAGGGAUGAUGGAGGUAGAGGACAGGAAUGAGUUUAACGACGAUAAUAAAGACAGAGAUGAACUAAACAACCCCCACUUCAUCCCUCCUCACCCUCACCCCGCCUCACUCCAGAUGACCCACUCCCACCCCUCUGAGCCUUUCUCCUUCUCCUUCUCCCCCUCCGGACCCAGCUCCACUUCUUCUGAUGCUCCCCCUUUCCCCUCCUCCCUCUUCCCCUCCGUGGGCCAACAUUCCGACCAGCCCGUCUACUUCCAGGAUUCCAUGGGGAACUAUGUCGAGGACGUCCCCACGUGCAGUGUCUGUGGAAAGACGUUCUCGUGCGCGUACACCCUGAGGCGACACGCCAUCGUGCACACACGUGAGCGUCCAUACGAGUGCCGCUACUGUUACCGUAGCUACACGCAGUCAGGUGACCUGUACCGCCACAUUAGGAAGGCUCAUGACUCCAGCCUGCCAGCCAAACGCAGUAAAGGAGACACUGAGGAGGGCCAGCCUCCACACAGCUAACACACACAGCUAGCUGUAUACUUCUCCAUGCUACGGAGAAUGACACAUUAUUUAUGCCUUCCCCCUUCAAACACCAGACAUCCUGGUCUUGCAUGUCCAUGGCAAUGAUCUGAGAUACUUCCAAAUGAUCUGGGAUACUUCCCAUGAUCUGGGGCACUUCCAAAUGAUCUGGGAUAUGUCAGAUACGUGUUUCCCUCCACCAGGAUGGUCUUUUCAGACAUGCCCAUUCCCGGGACUGAGUGGGCCCGGUGCUCAGUCAACAAGCUGGUGCUGGCAUUCCUAAAGGACAGGGGCUGGUGGUGUUUUAGCUAUUUUAAAUGGGACUUUCAGGACUUUUGUCUUUUACAUAUUGUACCAGUUGUCUUACUAUGACCUCAGUGCCAAAAUACUUUGUGUACUGUACUAUGUUAUAUAUUCCAGAUAAAUUGGCAGUUGUCAAGGGUACUGUUUUUUGUCAA